AGGAAGUGUUUAUUGUGGCUCAACAUUUCAGUCCUUCCUACCAGGAAAAGCAUAGUGGGAUAGCAGGAACCUUGAGACAAGCAUAGUUCACACUGUGACAGAUGAGGAAGCAGAAGGGGUUGGUGGGGGGGGUGUGAUGACUAGAUCCCAGAAAUAAGAAAUAAUUUUCAAAGGUUCAUCCCCAGGGACCUGAUCUCCAUGAGCUAGAACCCACCUCUUAAACUUACACAACAGUCAGCAGUAGUGGCAUAGACUAAUCCCAGCACUCAGAAGGGGAGGCAGAGACGGGAGGAUCUGUGAGACCCUGUCUCAAAAAUAAAUAAACAAACAAAACAAACAUCUUUUCGAACCCCCAAAUGACCCCAUCAGUGGAGUCUGGGCCUGUGAGGAACAUUUCAGACUCAAAGAGUAGCAGGCAGCAGGAAUGCUGGCCUCCGCAUAGGCCCUCUACCUGCUAUCAGAAUAGGAAUGCCAGGGUAUGCUAUCAUGCCAAGACCCGCCAGUGUGCAGAGAAACAGACAGGAGGAAAUAGAGGGCAGGCCAUGCAGGACAGAGCCAGAGAGAAACAAAGAUGACAAGAGGUGACUUCAUGGGCCAGCCCUUCAUUGUAUGCACAGGGAAGCCAGGCCUCAAGAAGGCUGGAAUUGGAGCAGCCAGCAUGACAUCUGCAAUCAUGGCAUCUGGUAGCAACUUAGAAAUGGGCUCCUCCCACCCAAAACUCCAAACAAGAAACCGAACAGACUGCUCUGCAGUUUAAGGGCGCUGGUUCAUUUCCCAGCACCUGAAUGAUGGCUCAUCGUCUUCUGUAGCUUCAGUUCCAAGGGAUCUGACACUCUCUGCUGGCUUCUAAUGGGUAUACAUACAUAAAUUUGGGCAAACUAUCCAUAUACACACAAAAUAAAUAAAAUUAAAACAGUCAAGUUAACUGGAAGAUAAUUUACCACUAAAUUGAUGUAAGUUGAUUUUUUGAGACAAGGUUUCUCUAUGUAGUCCUGACUAGCCUGAACUCUUUACGUAGGCCAUGCCUUGAACCCAUAGCUAUCCACCUGCAUCACCUCCCAAGUGCUGGGAUUAUCCUACCAAGUGUUCAAGUGUGUAAGCCAUUCACUAGUUUCACCUGUAGGAACUUACGGUCUAGGAAUGUGUGUGUACAAAGGUGGCGUCAUUUGUGAGAGGACACGAGGGAAGCUGGCUGGUAGUUGGUACUUCAUUAGUAAGCUAUGGCACAUCUGGGAAACGGAAUAUGAACAGUCAUUAAAGGAGGUGAGGGCUGCAGUGUGGCUCAGUGGUAGAACUUGGCGUGCCUGAGGACCUGGGCAGAAUCCCCAGCGCCGAGAAGAGCGUACCCAGCACACACUGUUUAGCAAAAUAAUCAAGUCACACAUUAUGUGCAGCAUGAAUCCGUUCAGGAUGGGUAACGAUAUAUGUUGCAAUGAAUGUUAGCAAAUUCCCUCAAGGCAACGCUUCUGUUUAGCAAGGUUUAAGAACCGAAGAUCUAAUCUACGGCUGGCAACUUUCUACUGUGUCUUUACCUAACGACUAGGCUCGGAGUCUAAUGCAGUCUGCAGCCCACCUUUCAGGGUUUGCCCAAGGUGUCACCUCCUCCAUGCAGCUUCCAUAAUUUACCCUUAUCACUGGACUGUCCCCACAAAGGAAUGACACGGACACUUUUUAUUAAUAUGAAAGCUCAACCUUAGCUUGGACUUCCCAACCAGCUCAUGACUUAAACUAAUUUAUACUAAUCACGUUCUGCCGAGUGGCUCAUUACCUCUCCUCAGUACAGGCACCUGCUGUUUCCUGUGUCCGGCUGGUGAUGCUCCCUCACCUGAUUCUUUCCCUGAGUUCCCACCUCUGCAUCUCUCCCACUUUGCUCUUCAGCUCUUUUCCAAACCAAUCAGAAGGUGAUGGAGAAGAAUGUUUACAAAACACUGAGACAGUUGGUGGUGCUUCAUAAAAACACUACCAAAGUCUGCCAGUGCUCAACACCCUGCUGGCACAGAAAUCAGCAUUUGAAUAACACGAAGACAACCUUUAUACAGUGCACCAGAAUUAUCCCAAUGGGAGGCUCUUCCUCUAACAUCAAUGUUCUAUGUAUAAUAAGAACAAUUAUGAAAACUAUCAGGUAAGAACUACAUUCAGUGUGCAGUCCAUCUGUAUUUGGCAACCUUGGAGAAAGCAUUCCUUUCUCUCUCCUAUUUUGCUGACUCCAAAGUUCUGUGCAUGAUUUACUUUGUCAUAACUUGCAUUACCAACCUCAACAUAUCUUUUUAGACCCAAAAACAUCUUUCAAAGUCCUAAAUAACUUAUACUCACAUGUUGUCUUCAGCCAUAUUAGAGACCUGGGAAGGAGGAUAAGUGUUACCUCAGUAAACAGGAAGUGCAGAGCAAGCGGCUUCCAAAACUAUAGAAAUGACAGAGACUGCUGGCCACCUGGAUAGUCACCCAUCGCUUCUCUGUUCUGUCAGGGCAUCCAUCUUUAGCCUACAGGCUCAGAAUAUCUGACAGAUGUUUCUGUGGAGCAGGAAUUAUGAAGGACUGGCCUACCUUGUCCUCGAAAAGCAUGGCUGUCCAUUUUCUGUUGCCUGAUGGCCUAUAGUUCGGACAGCAUGCUGCCACGGUUAAGGCAAGAGCUUUGUCCUUUUGCCCAGUGGCUAGCUGUGCCACAUUUGAAGCAAACUCCAAUAUGGGGGUUUCUCAAUGCCCAUCAUCUUCUUUGAAGUAGAAUGGGGGUGCUGCCAGGAGCAGACAAGUCUCUGUCAUGAAAAGCCUUUUAUUGCUAUAAAAACAUCUUAGAUGCUAUAUUCUGUAGCUCUCUGAAGGUCGGAAGACCAUCGGUCUACCUAAAGUAUAUCUGAGUAGGCAAAUGUCGCUUGUGUCCAGCUAUCUACUAUCUGCCUAACUUUGAAAACAUCUGUAGAAGGCUAAACCCAGCUUAUUUUUGUAACUAACUAAACUAAUACCUAGCAAGAUGAAAGUUUGAUUUACUAACAAUUUGCACUGGUUAAUUAUCCUAAACAGAUUGUAAUAGUAGCUUUCAAAAGGACUAGCAUGUCACAUUAUGUUUUUAAGUGAGCCCCAUAGGUACAAUACCUAAAACAAGAGUUGAAACAUUAUAUACAUAUAUGUAUAUGUUGUAGCAAAAAUAACCCUAAGUUUGUAUCAGUAUACAAAACUCCAUACCAAUGUAUAACAUUUGAGACUCCCAGGCUGCUGUCCAGUCUAAAAGGAGAUGCACUCACCCCCUUUCAUCCCCUUAUCUUCUUUCCCCUUUUCUUUUCAUCUCUGUUCAUUCCCUAACACUAGAUACUGAGAAAGCAGGAUAAAUGGGAAAGAGAAAGAGAUCCCUGAAUGCCUUGACCAUGAACAAAACCAACUUGUAAACCAACCUCUCUAAACAACAACAUCCAUAACCCACUGAAUGACUGAAAAACCACCCACCCCACCUCUUGGGAAUGAGGGUGUCACGUUUUCAAAAUCGCUUCCUGCUGGCUGGGGGCAACAGCAUCUUUUGGGACCCUAAGGAAGUUGGGAUAUUGGACAAGUCCUGGGAGAACUAGCUGUAUCAUGUUACCCAGUGUGGUGGUUUGUAAGUGCUUGGCCCAGGGAGUGGCACUAUUAGGAGGUGUGGCCUUGUUGGAGGAAGUGUGUCACUAUGGCUAUGAGCUUUGAGAACCUUCUAGCUGCCUGGAAGCCAGUCUUCUCCUGUUUGCCUUUGGAACAAGAUGUAGAACUCUCAGCUCCUCCAACACCAUGCCUGCCUGGAUGCUGCCAUGCUCCUGCCUUGGUGAUAAUGGGCUGGGCCUCUGACCUAUAAGCCAGCCUCAAUUAGAGGUUGUUCUUCUAAGAAUUGGUUGCCUUGGUCAUGGUGUCUCCUCAUAGCAAUGGAAACCCUAACUAAGACAGCUAGUUUCUCUUGGAUGGGAAAGUUCAGAGCUUAAAUAAAGGCCCAGCUGAAACACUGUGUGAGGUGAGACUGAAUUAUCUUAGCUAGCUAUUUUGAAUUUGCUCUGUAUGUAGAUUUUUGGGGAAGCAACUAAAGGCAGUCUGAGGGUGCUUGUCUUGUCUUCAUCCGUGUCUGGUCAUUUUGCUCUGAAAACACACAAACUUUUAAAGGUAUUAUACACUUCUGCAUUAAUAUGGAUUGUGUAGUGUGCACAAAUCAGUUAAAAUGAUUCUCCGCUUUUUGUUUGAGCAGGUACAAGGUAUCAAACUUUCUAAGUCUGUUUGACUGUGUAACCCAGCUAUAGUAUAAAUCUCCAACCAUGCCAUAUGAAAGGACUCUGAAACCCUGUAGCCAACAUACUGUUCAACUAUGCAUAAACAUUCAUGUCUCAGCCAGUCUCAGCUGUCCCUGUGUAGAGGAAUUGGCAUACAGGUCUCCUGUUUUUGCUCUUUUUCUUGGGAUAUCUUUUCUUGACAAUCCAUUAUUUUUCUUUAGAUGUUUCUCUUGCCCAGUAGUGUUUGGAUUCCUCAGUUGGAUGUUUUUCUUUUCCUGGGAAGAUAAAAGCAAAAACCUGCCCUAACCUUAACUCUGGGUCCUUUCAUUGACUAGCAGGAUAUAUCUUUCCUAGGGCAAAAUGCUUUUUGGCAACAGGAAAAAAAAACAAACCUGUAUCUUUGAAAGCGAAAUUAUUAUUACUAAAGUUUGAAACUAAAUAUACCUUAGUAUGUGAAUAAAUAUACUUAUACCCCCUUUCUCUUUAUAAAUUUAAGAUUAAGGGGCUGGAAAGACGGCUCAGUGGUUAAAAGCACUGACCGAUUUGCCAGAGGUCCUGUCAGUGCAAAAGCGGGUGGAGGCAAGGAUAAUCUGUACAGCAUGUGUAUCUUAUUAGUCAGGGGGUGCACACACCACUGAUACCCAAAUCCACAAAAACUCUGCUACUCAUUGCUGUCCUCCCUGCCUUCCUUCUUUCGUUUAAGCUACUAGAAGUCGUCCCGUACUGGAGUACGUGGAACACUUUGUUUUAAUGGCUGAACAAUUUCCCAACCUAAGGAUUACUGCAGUUAGCCUGGGAAUUAUGAGGACCCAAGAGGAUCAACACAGAUACAGAGCUAGCGGCUGAAGACCUGGAGGUGUGGUUCUGAAGAUGUGGUUUUACUCUCAGCUCAGCUCAGAAUUCACUGUUAAUGUUAGGCUGGAGGUUUCGGGAUAAAGAAUCCCCCUCACUCACUCCGCUAACUCUCUUUCUCCAGCCAGAAGUCAGCGCUUGCAGAAGCCGGUGAACCCGACAAAGAGAUUCCUGCGCUUACGAAAGCAGGUGCAAAACACUGGAUAAAGAGGACACUUAGUUCCAAAGUGACCAGUGGACUCGGGCUCCCAAACUUAGGCAAAACUCCAAAAUCUUAUCAAUCACAGCACUGCCUCUCUCCCUUCUGCUACAAAAAGUUCCUAACCCAGUCCAGUCGGUCGACUUCAAAGCCCUCCUAGUGUGAGACAGUAAACUCGCCCGGGAGCGACUAACCCCAAAUAAACCUUUUAAUUCAGUUCAACUGUAUUUAUUGCAGCGGCGGAGGAGGAGCCAUUCAGUUAACUCGGAAUUAUGCGGCUUUUCAGGGACAACCGUCGCAAGCCGGACAUGUCGGAGCGCGAGUCCGCAGUCAGCAGAGCAGUUACGUUUGCGGGCACCUGUAUCUUUGGGCAGCUAGUCAGCUAAUGAGCAGCACUAAAGGUAUGAGGACGCUGGCCCAAUGGAGAUCGAAACCCGGAGGUGAGCGCGUACUUGCGUCGGCUUGGGUCACUUCGCCGUUCUUCCCGGAGUACCGAGUCCCUUAGGUUGCAGGGAUCCUCGUCCCUUUAAGAGGGCUGACCUCCGCUCCGUUACUUCCUUCCCGAAGUGUCUGGGCGCAGGCGCGAGGGAGGGAGUAGGGUGAAGCGGCCUCAAAUUUUCCCCUUAACAGAUAUGGCGACGGCCAGGCUGCCGCGGUUGCGCCCAGCCGUGACGUCACUUCCGGGGCGGGGGAGGCAGAGUGGUGCAGUGAGGGACAAACAAAAGGAGGCGCCGGAGGAGCGCGGCGUCCCGCGGCCGGAGAGGGUGGUGGAGGGCCAAGGCUGCCUGCCCGGCGGCUGCGAGCGGCGAGCCCAGGUGAGUGGGUCGGGUGGGGGGUGAGACGCGCGCUGUCACCUCACGGAACCCACUCGGACGGGCGUUCCGCCCCCUCAAGUUCUAGGAGGCUCUCGCUGCCGGAGACGCCGGCCACCCUGGCCCUUCGCUCGGCUCCGCUCCGCCCUGCCUCCGGCGGGCGCCGGCCCCGGACUCCACCCUCUGGGCCGUGCAGCGGCGCGCGAGCCCCCUCCCGGGCACCCUGUUUUCCGCGCGCGCCUCUCACCCGAGUUUCCGCUGCUCUCCCCAGGCCGCUCUUGCCGCGCUGGUCCCGCAGAUCCGCGCCCCUCUGCGCACGCGUCCCCUUCCCAGAGGUUCCACUCGGGGAUUCUCUUGACAGCUCCCCCACCAGCUCUUUCUGUUCUUGACCCUGGGCUUCCCGGCGCCGGCUUCUUUCCUAGGACCACUCCCUCUUCCUGAUCUUCCUGACUGUCCCCUGCUAUGGGGACGGGAGCACAGGCUUUUGGGACCUCAGACUGGGCCUCCAGGAACGACCGACUCCUGAUAUGAAAGUCCGUUUGGUUCUGUCCCUGUUUUGUGCAUCUCUUGGACAGGAGUGACAGAUAUAGAAUGUUGUUGGUGAGCUGGAGGUCAGCAUAGAUGAUCCCAAGCUGAAAGAACUGCAGAGAGCCUGGGAUGACAGGGGGUGGGGGUUUGUUUUUUGAGACAGGGUCUCAACUAUGCAGCCUUGACUGUCCUCGAACUCUCCAUGUAAACCAGUCUGGCUGGCCUCGAUCUCAUGGAGAUUCGCCUGUUUCCUGAGUGCUGGGUAAAGACGUGGACCUCUAACCUCUGUUUGAGACCUGAGUUCUUGAACCUGCCUUGGGCAGCAGCAGCGUCCAUGGAGCAAAAGGAAUGUCAGGACCCUGUGCAUCCAGACGGGGACCAGCCUCAGCACCAACAGCCAACACAAAGAUAGCAGAGCCAUCUCAGGACAGAAGCUAGACAGCCUGCAGGUCACUUCCUGAGAAAGACCCUACUCCCCUGUACCCUUCUCACCCUUCUGCUGCUCUUCCUUCACACUCGGGACGUCCAGGACACGGGCAGGUUAAACCAUGAUUCCGGUGACAGAGCUCCGCUACUUCGCGGACACGCAGCCAGCAUACCGGAUCCUGAAGCCGUGGUGGGAUGUGUUCACUGACUACAUCUCCAUUGUCAUGCUGAUGAUUGCUGUCUUUGGGGGGACACUGCAAGUCACCCAGGACAAGAUGAUCUGCCUACCUUGUAAGUGGGUCACCAAAGACUCCUGCAACGACUCCUUCCGGGGCUGGGGGGCCUCCAGCCCAGAGCCCACUUACCCCAACUCCACAGUCCUGCCUACUCCUGACACGGGCCCCACAGGUAUCAAGUAUGACCUAGAUCGCCACCAGUACAACUACGUGGAUGCCGUGUGUUACGAGAACCGCCUGCAUUGGUUUGCCAAGUACUUCCCCUACCUCGUGCUCCUGCACACCCUCAUCUUCCUGGCCUGCAGCAACUUCUGGUUCAAGUUCCCACGCACCAGCUCGAAGCUGGAGCACUUCGUGUCUAUCCUGCUCAAGUGCUUUGAUUCGCCAUGGACCACACGGGCCCUGUCAGAGACAGUAGUGGAGGAGAGUGACCCCAAGCCAGCCUUCAGCAAGAUGAAUGGCUCCAUGGACAAGAAGUCAUCCACGGUCAGUGAGGAUGUGGAGGCCACUGUGCCCAUGCUGCAGCGGACCAAGUCACGGAUUGAGCAGGGCAUCGUGGACCGCUCCGAGACAGGUGUGCUGGACAAGAAGGAAGGGGAGCAGGCGAAGGCACUGUUUGAGAAGGUGAAGAAGUUCCGGACCCAUGUGGAGGAGGGGGACAUCGUGUACCGCCUCUACAUGCGGCAGACCAUCAUCAAGGUGAUCAAGUUCUUCCUCAUCAUCUGCUACACCGUGUACUAUGUGCACAACAUCAAGUUUGACGUGGACUGCACCGUGGACAUCGAGAGCCUGACAGGCUACCGCACCUACCGCUGUGCCCACCCUCUGGCCACCCUCUUCAAGAUCCUGGCAUCCUUCUACAUCAGCCUGGUCAUCUUCUACGGCCUCAUCUGCAUGUACACCCUGUGGUGGAUGCUCCGGCGCUCCCUCAAGAAGUACUCGUUUGAGUCGAUCCGAGAGGAGAGCAGCUACAGCGACAUCCCAGACGUCAAGAAUGACUUCGCCUUCAUGUUGCACCUCAUUGACCAGUAUGACCCUCUCUACUCAAAGCGCUUCGCCGUCUUCCUGUCUGAGGUGAGUGAGAACAAGCUGCGUCAGCUGAACCUCAACAACGAGUGGACGCUGGACAAGCUGCGCCAGCGGCUCACCAAAAACGCCCAGGACAAGCUGGAGCUGCACCUCUUCAUGCUGAGCGGCAUCCCGGACACCGUGUUUGACCUGCUGGAGUUAGAGGUCCUGAAGCUGGAACUGAUCCCCGACGUGACCAUCCCGCCCAGCAUCGCCCAGCUCACAGGCCUCAAGGAGCUCUGGCUGUACCACACGGCAGCCAAGAUCGAGGCUCCCGCCCUGGCCUUCCUGCGAGAGAACCUGCGGGCGCUGCACAUCAAGUUCACUGACAUCAAGGAGAUCCCACUGUGGAUCUACAGCCUGAAGACACUGGAGGAGCUGCACUUGACAGGCAACCUGAGCGCAGAGAACAACCGCUACAUCGUCAUUGACGGACUGCGGGAGCUCAAACGCCUUAAGGUGCUGCGGCUCAAAAGCAACCUGAGCAAGCUGCCGCAGGUGGUCACGGACGUGGGCGUGCACCUGCAGAAGCUGUCCAUCAACAAUGAGGGCACCAAGCUCAUCGUCCUCAACAGCCUCAAGAAGAUGGUUAACCUGACAGAGCUGGAGCUGAUCCGCUGCGACCUGGAGCGUAUCCCUCACUCCAUCUUUAGCCUCCACAACCUGCAGGAGAUCGACCUGAAGGACAACAACCUCAAGACCAUCGAGGAGAUCAUCAGCUUCCAGCAUCUGCACCGCCUCACCUGCCUUAAGCUGUGGUACAACCACAUCGCCUACAUCCCCAUCCAGAUCGGCAACCUCACCAACCUUGAGCGCCUCUACCUGAACCGCAACAAAAUCGAGAAAAUUCCCACCCAGCUCUUCUACUGCCGCAAGCUGCGCUACCUGGACCUCAGCCACAACAACCUGACCUUGCUCCCCGCUGACAUUGGCCUCUUGCAGAACCUCCAGAACCUGGCCGUCACAGCCAAUAGGAUCGAGGCGCUCCCCCCGGAGCUCUUCCAGUGUCGGAAGCUGCGGGCUCUACACCUGGGCAACAAUGUUCUGCAGUCACUGCCCUCGAGAGUGGGUGAGCUGACCAACCUGACGCAGAUUGAGCUUCGGGGCAACCGGCUGGAGUGCCUGCCCGUGGAGCUGGGCGAGUGUCCCCUGCUCAAGCGCAGCGGCCUGGUGGUAGAGGAGGACUUGUUCAGCACACUGCCGCCUGAGGUGAAGGAACGGCUCUGGAGAGCUGACAAGGAGCAGGCCUGAGCACAGCCUGGAGGAGCAGCACAGAGCCGCAGCACACCCUCAGGCCAGCGGGCAGCCCAGCUCUCCCCAGACUGCUGGACAGCCAGCCGGGCCCAGCCAAACAGAGGCUGGGCCAGAGCAGAAAACGGGGACUGAGGGGCUGGCCCCUUUUCUCCUGCUGGGACAUGUACACCCAGGGCAGGCACUUGCUGGAGACCAGCAUCUCAGAAUGCAGUGUUUGGACAAUCAGGGUCUUCACGCUGGAGCCCUCUCUGCCUCAGUGCUGGGCUGAGCCAGCCCCCAAGCAAGGCCCAGGAACAGUAACCUAGAUCUGGGUAUUUAUUUCCACUUCCCACCUUCUCCUUCCAGAUAACUUACACAUUCCCAAGAGGGUCGGGCUCUGUGGGCAGUGUUUAGCACCCUGGCAGUCACCUUUUUCUUUUUCGGGUGAUACUGACAGAAUCAAAUCAAGUGCCCAUCCGUCCAGACUUGGGCAGGGUUGGGUAGGGUGAGCCAGCCGCAGGACGGUUGCCGUAUUGGCACUGGGCUAGGCUCUGGCAGCAAAGCGUGCGGGAGACCAGGCCUCCAGGUUGAAGGGUCAGGCCUGGGCUUGCCCCAUCAGUUUUUGAAGCAAUUUUAGAUUUUUUUUUCUUUUUUUUAAGCAAGGGUUUUUUGGGGGGGAGGGAGUUGGUUGUUUUUUUAAGCUUUGAAAUGAUGGGUGAGGUAUUUAAAAAAAAAAAUUAAAAAAAAAAAGACACUAAAGGCCAGUGAGUUGAAGUCUCAGGUGGGUGGUAUUUCCCCCUUGAGCAAAGCAGCAAGACAUUGAACAAAAUUUCCUCUCCCUGGGGUGUGGGCCAGGAUGUCUUCCCAGUCUGUCCUGACCUUGGUCCAGAAGUGCUAUUUGCUCUUCUCGUCUCCUGGGGCAGGCUUUUAUUUUGUUUGCUUUUAAGGUUUUGUUUUUUUUUUCCUUUUUUUUUUUUUUUUGGUGUCCUGUUAUUUUUUUUCUCCUCCAUGGGCCUUGGCAGGCACUCUUUUCAUGGCUGUCAGCCAAAAGGAAGGCUCUGGAGCUGCCAAGAAUGGGGGAGACUUGGGCUGGCUAAUUCCCAGAUGAACGGUGCUCCAUCCCCCUCCCCACCCCCAUAAUGCCCCUCCACGCACAGUGUUAAGGAGCCCAGAGCAGCUGCUUCCCCCGUCCCCCCAACCCAGCCCCCAACUCUGUCCCCACAUCAAGGAUUUGCUCAAUACCACCUCUCGCCUCUUCUGCUUACAUUAGCUCUGUCACCAUCUGGUCCAUCGUGAAGAGCUGACAUUUAGAGGUAGAUUGGGCAUGAGAGGUCACCACUGGGAGGGCAGGCUCCCCAGUUUUGGGGUUCCAGGACAGUUGUUACUGGGCGCCUGGUUUGCACACAGUACAGUUAGCAUCUAGUGGUGGUAAGCCACUCUGCUUUAGAUCAGUCACUAGGGUCCCCACCUAGAAGGGUCCUUGCCUUAGAUCAAUCCCACGGACACUAAGGCACGUUUAGCGUCUCUUGUCUUAAUGAUUGUGUCUGUCUCCGUCAAUUUGUGUUUUCCGCGUCAUGUCGUUGGAUGUAACCCUUGGAAAUACUGCACACUAGCCUCUGACAACCACGAAGCAAUCCGUUACUCAUGGGUCUGACUUGUAGACUCAGUUCAGAUAUCAAAUAAAUCUAUAACACAA